GAGGAGGAGCGAAGGUGGGAGAGAGAGAGAGAGAGAGAGAGAGGUGGCUGGUCUUGUAGGAGGGCAUCGUCCACGGAUCUUCCGGUAAUUCAGGAUCGAACCUUGGGGGCUGUGAAGGUCGCUGAUGUCCGCUACGAGCCCUGCCCCUACUCCUGCCAGCUCACCGUCACCCGAACAGAGCGGAGGAAGAAGAUCCUCGUUGCUACCGACGCUGAGAGAACUCGCGUCGCUCCUCGUUACCCUAGGCCUUGAUCGAAGAAGAAGGGAUACAUUUUACGAGUAUCACUGCUGCUGCUGUAUCGCCGAUCAGCUCGACCACCCCUCUGAAUGUCUUCGCACAUCCAAAAGUCGUGCGUGGGGCUUGAAGCGACAUUGAGUGACAGCAAAAAGAAGUACGGCGACAAGGUGAAUGCACUUCUGUCCGCCUGGGAGCAUGUCACCAAUUUCAUUCCUGGGGCAACGCCAGAGGCCACCCAGUCUCUCAUAGAAUGGGCUCACAAACACACGUUGAAAUUGGUACUGCGCGGGGAGUGGCCAAAGUUGUCACCCGCGACGAAGACGCACCUCAGUGUAACGUUACAGAGGUGCGCGUCUCACCUGGUGCAACACCCCGCUGCACCCAGGUGUACUGCCCUGAUAGCUCUGGUGCACAACCCAUGGACUCAUCCCGCUCUCGACAGCAUACUUAACGGCCAACCGGAUUCCGAACAUGAAGAGGAAUUCUGCUGUUCGGAGAAAGGUGAACUGCUGACAAUGAGGCUGAAGAUACUUUGCGAGGACCGCUGCGAGGACAUAGCGGUGAACCUCGCCGCCGCUUGCGUACGUUCUCUCCGACGGAGCGAUCGGUUACGCUCGCUCUCCGAUUCUCAUCACGUUCAUUACAUGAUCGACGUCUAUAUUGUCCUCUUGUAUAAAUUGAAACGCACGCAAGAUAUAUUCGCUCAACUAAAAUUAAUGGACCUCAGCGACGGAUUGGAGUUGGUCCAAAGACUCAGCGGUGAAAGACCGACCAAGUAUGGAACUGCACGCGUUUGGCGAAAUUCGAUAAAAGCUGCCGAAUUGGUUGCACAAUAUCUCGUUACAGCUGGUAUGGUACGCCCUGUACCGGAAACGGGCGCGAACAUUUUGGAACAAAUUCUAAGCUCUUGGGCAUUGUUGCAUUCGAAAUUGAAAGACGUGGCGCCCACGUUACCGGGGAUGAUUAGAAAAUUAAUCGAACCUGCUGAAAGUGCUCAGCACAUUUAUAUAUUUUGCGCGGUACUUCUUAAACAUUUUGGUGAUAGCAUAAAGCCUCUGGUAAUCGAACUGUACAUCAGGGCGCUGACCACGGAUAUGAACGAAUUGGAGAGUCAAAAAACAAAGUCCGAUACAGAGAAGGUCCGCGAGACCGCGAAGCGAUUAAGCACGCAGUUCCUUAAGCUAGCCGACGUUGUUGGAAGCAAUAUCGGUAUCGCCCGAGAAUGCGUGUUGACGGCGUUUUCGCUGCAUCCCACCAGAGCUUGUUACGACAGAAUCAAGGAAAUCGCCGUUGCGUGUGGGAAAACGAGAGAGGACGGAUCGCCCGGUGACAAGCUUAAACGCGUCCUAGAGAAUAAUCAUUCUAACGCCGCCGGGGGACUCGCGAAGACCGGGGAGAAGAAGGAUGGAACGAAAAUUGGAAACACGGAUUCACCCUCGUCUCUCUGCAACUCUUCGUUGCUGCCGGUGUCGUCGUUGUCCAGCUCGACCACGGUUCCGACCACGAUUCCGAUCACGAUUCCGACCACGAUUCCGACCGCGAUUCCGACCGCGAUUCCGAGCACUGUUCCGACCACGCCAACGGCCACCAAGAAGAACAUCGAUUUCCAGAACGGGCAAGUGAGCAAAAGCUUCGAGCGAACGGAUCAACUUCUGAAAAGCAUUUUAACUACACCGAACAAGGGAGAAUCGACGACGAUCUCGACCAGCGACAGAUGCCCCCUGCAUCCAAAGAGAGAUCCACUGUCCAGUGGACCGCUCGGAGAGUUGUGUUUCAAUUGUGGCGAGUUCACCGGAAGCGAUAUUUCCAGGAGUAAGUCUCCAGAAUGUUCGGACGCAACGUCCAGAAACGUGGAGAGAACGCUGGACGCUUUGAUUUUGAUCAAAGGAGACGCGGUCACGGGUUCGGCGAAUUACGACGAAAAAUCCGUGCCAAAUCAAGUUCUAGAUGCGGGAAAGCUCGGUCUCUCGCCGCAGCUUUGCGACGAUUUGGCGGUGGUAUUGAGCAGCCCCCGUUACCACAUGCUCAGCUGGGUGCUAGAUUGGAAGGAGUUGAACAGCCUGUGCGAGAGAUACUUGGAGAACGCCGAGGAGAUGAGAAACACGAACAAAGAACUGAAGUACCUCAACAUCGAUUAUUCGCAGUUCAAAGACUGGCCCUCGGAAGACGAUACCAAGGAUAUAUUCUUUGGAAUCGAGAAAGGAUACGAACAGUGGGUCGAUUUACCAUCGGACAACUCGGAACAGUUCGGUAGCUUUCAACCUGCCGGCAGUUAUAAGAGGUCUUCGACCAGGAGGAGCCUCGACGAUACAACCACCACCGAUUCGGACAGCGGAAGUAUAUUGCGUAUCAGAAGAACGGGUAGACCGAGGAAAAUUCACAGAUUAGAGUCUUCCGAGAGCGAUUACGACAGCACGGAACGUAAACCGAAGCACUUUAGGAACAGAGUGAGUUCGGUGUCGGACAGCGACAGCAAUACGCAGGACAGUCAAACGGACAGUCUCGGUAGCGGUGACGGUUGUCGACUGGAGGUGAAAAAGAAGUCGGCGAGCAAAGUAAGUAACAAGGAGGUGAACAAGAAACGCUCGAAGGCUUCCAAGUUAACCGUCGAGUCGGUCUCGCAUUUUCAUAUGCUCGUUAAUGAGAACGUUCGACACACGAACACGAACGAAGACGCGAGCGGCUCGGACGUGAGCAGCAACGAUAUUAUAACUUUGUUCUCCGCCGACAUGGACGAGAAUAAACGGGAGACGAUAAAAGGUUCGGCAUACACGGCAGCUGCGCCAUUGAUAAUCACCGAGAGACGGAGCGAUCCGGCGGUACUUAAAUCUUUGAGAAUGUUCAGGCCGCAGAACAUGAAGAAACCCACGAGAAUUUCUCAAAUAUUGCAAAAGAAUCUUCUGAAUAAGAGUAAGGACAAUAAUAACUUAGAAAAUAAUGCGAACAGCGUUACUAAAUUCGCCCCGAUGCUCAGCACCCUGAACUUGAACCCGAAGAUCGUGUUAACCAGAGCGGACGAGAUCGACAGGAAGCUGAUUCGGUCGAAGAAGCAGCAGCAGCAACGAUUGAGCAGCGGGGAUAUUACCAGCGAAUUGAUGAACAUUCAGAAAAGCAUGCCGUUCUCCCCGAAUAAAAACUCACUGUCGACGUAUCAGAAGCAGAAGGGAAACGGCGCAGCGAUCACGGGGAAAGCGGACUUGACGUCCUCCGAUGGACGGGACUUGAAUUCUAAAUCGAAUCUGGGCAAGCGAAAGUUCGAUAUUCUCGCGAAAGCUGUCAGGGAUUCGGAUAUCUUGGCGAAAAAUGUACCGGGUCUGAAUUCGUUGGACAUGAUGGUACCACCGAGGAUGCGGCCCACCGUUAACAUCGUGCAGCUUUCCAGAAACAUUCCACAGAGCCCGAAUUCGGCCUCUGUAAACAGCGGUAAUACUCCCCCGAGGCCAAACAGAACUCCGAGUGUGGCUGGAAAUAUUCAGUUACCCGGUACACCUUCUUCCGGUGGCCACGACAGCGGCGUUGGCAUGAGCCCAGCCGGUCAGACUCCUCCUCCGAGGUCCUCCACUCUUCCCGACGUCGGAGAAGAAACGAAUCAACCUCCGGACAGCUCACCGACCUCCUCUACCAACACGAACGUUUCCAGUCAACUCGAACCGGAUUCUAGCCCAAGAACGAUGAUGCCUAUUCGACGGAAUCAACAGAACCAAUCGCCGAAGAAGUCUCCUUCUCCCUGCUCCGCGGUUACAACAACAACCACCACCACCACCUCCACCAGAGAUUCGGGAGUAGCCUCGACGACCAUCGCGUCCGAACAGCUUCAAAUCGUUUGCAAACCAGACGGUACAUACCAGCUGGCCUCCGUCAAUCCGAACGUGGUGGCGAAUCAGAGGAACAUUCUCAAUCUGCAAAACAUCGUGGACGACGGAGGCGUCGGCAAUUUUUCGCGACAAAGCCAGAGGGCUGAGAACGCGAACGCGAACGCGAACGCGAACGCGAACGCGAGCGCGAGCGCGAACAGAAACACUUACGAAAGGUUAACGUCUGCGAAAACGGUCGCGCAAUCCGGACAGAACGCCGGCCUGCCCAAGUUUCAACAGGCUUUCGGUAGAACUAUAUACACGCUCUCGACGGACACGUCGACCAGCGGCGUUUCUGGAGCUACGUCGGAAACACUGGUGCAAUCGGCGUCUCCCCAAAAGACGACAAAUCUCUCGAAAGCGGUGCAAACAUCCGUACCUAAUACGCAACAAACCAACCCGUCUGCAGGAAUUAACGUACAGUCCAUUACAAACAUUCCGAACACGUUACAAUUAUCCACUAGCAGGCAAAUAUUGAAUAUCGUUCAAAGCUCUGGAAACAACGUGGCGAACGUGGCGACUAGUCCGAACGCGAAUCAAACGUUGACGCAGCUGGUGCAAAGCGUUCAGAAUGCCUCGCCGGGUGUGAUAUACACGCACAAAAUUCCUGUCACGAUAUCCACCACUAAUCCGAGUCAACUGAACAUUAUACCCACUAUAUCGCAUGCAAACUCGAUACCGGCUGGAAGAACGCCUGUUGUCAAGCUGAACAUUAUUCGUGCUCCUUUGAGACAACAAAAUAUCACGGGCGCUAUUCAAGCAGUUUUGACUACUCCUAGAUUGCAACAGCAGCAGCAACAGCAGCCGCAGCCGCAGCCGCAGCAACCACCAUCACAACAACCACCGCCACAGCAACAGCCGCCGCAGCAACAACCUGCAGUCAGAACGGACAGUUUGCUUGGCUCUUCUAUAGAGGUACCUAAUCAAGUGAGUUCGACAACCUUGGAGCAAUUGAGAGAGUUCGAGAGCGUGUUGGAGCAGGUAAAGGAGAGAAGCACGAUUCAACCGCAGUCUCAUCAAACAAUGUCCACCGCGGUCACUACCACCGUUCAAACACAAACCACUACCCAACAGACGCAAGCCACGAAGCAAGCCACACAGCAGGUCUCUGUGAGCGCUCUCGCUCAGCAACUGUUAAUGCCGACGCAGCAACAAACCAGCAACAACGACUUCGCGAGCGACGGCAAUACCGUGAACUUCCAGCAGGACGUUUUCUCUCAGAAAGUAUCUCUGGCUUAUGUGAAUCAAAACGCGGGAACCGUUGCAGCUGCAAAAACCCCGAAUUCAACACCGGUCGUUGUCGUGACAAGUUACUGCCAACCGGCCGCUUCGCCGGCUUUGAGUGUCACCUCGCAGAGUUCUUCCAGCCCUUGCGUCACGCCAGCUCCGGCUCCGAUACCAUCUUCUGGCAAAACACCACCCACUCCGCCCUCCUCGAAGACGGUGAAAAAAUCCGCGCCUAAAACCGUGAAGACCAGCGCGACCAACACCUCGAAGGCUUCCCCGAUACCGAAACCGCAGCAAAAACCGCAGGAAGAUGAACAGACCGCUCAAAGGAUCUACGCAAUUUUGGACGAAUACGCCGAACAACUACGAAAUUCUCCGGAUUUGAACAACAAACCAGCUCCAAGAAGGAGGUCCAACCCGCCGACCAAUCCCAGCCAGUCUUCGAAGAGGAAAAAGUCAAACGCGAACAAGACGAAACCGGUUGGCCAGCAGAAUUCAGAACUUAGCCCGAGCACCGACGAUCUUGGCAGAACCAUGGGCAGCGAAGAUUCUUCAAGCGGCGUGGUACACGUUCAGGAUAGUCCAGCUGGUUUCUCCGCUCCGGAGGAACCAACGAGUAACGUUGGAAACGUGACCGACGCGUCCGCAGAGGUUCGAAAUCUGACCAACGAUUCGAACGACGGUGUCGAGUUGAACGUGAAGAGGAGAAAUUUAAUCUUCGCGGAGCCUGGAUCGGGGCAACCGAGGGCGGUGAUCGUUCAGGAGGCUGUACAGACCAGUUCGGUGAGUGUGAGCGAAGCUCUGGCUUCGGUAACCGGAAAAAUGGGAAGCACGGCUGUUUUGGUACCAGGCACUAAUUACAUCUUGCCGAUGAACCUGAUGAAAGGUGGACAGCAAUUCACGAUAGUGUCCAGCGGACCGAAGCUUCUCGCGACUGUGCCCGCGACGGUUCGAGCCAGUGGAAACACCGGAGUUUCGAACACCCUGGUGCUGCAAUCCUUUCUGAAUCAAGCGGGAAAGAUAAUCUCGCAACCGGCGCAGGUGAAGCAAGUGAAAAUUCCAACGUUGCAGACUUUAUCGGGCAAUCAAACUUUAACCACCUCGCAAAAUGUUCAGGGAGCUUCUGUGGUGAUUCCACAGACGGGAAACAGCGGUCAGUUCGCCGGCGACGGAACCACGGAGAAAGGCAAUAUCAUCGGUGAUUUGACUAUGGCAAAAUCCGACACGAUCUCCGGAGGAGUUGCCGUCGAAUCUGCUACGAACGCGAUCGUGGUGAACAAGAGCAAUUCCACCAUCGGUCUGAUUCAACGUAACUUGAACGAGCCAACGGAGAAUCAACAGAUAUGCGGCGUGAUCACCAGCAAUCCUAAUUUAACUCUUCAAGGCGCCAGGCUGUUCAACUCUUCUAUACAUAAACUAUCGACACCAGGACUCAAGUCUGACAACGUGGUUUGUUUAACGCCUACAGCAACGAUUGCACACACUCCUGAGAAAAAGUCGCCGCAAGAGAGUCAAGUUCACAACGACAAGCCAGUUUCCAUUCAAACUGGCGCUACUAUUGCCCUAGCUUUCGCCACUCAGUCGGACGUUUCCAUGCUGAACGAUGCUCAACAACGACGACAACACCAGCAGCAGCAACAACAGCAACAGCAGCAGCAGCAGCAAAAGGAUACGAAGGAGGUAUCGACGGAAAUAAUCCCCGGUGCCAAAAUCAUCUCUCCGAAGACGGUGAAAAGAAAAAUCGACGACGCAAUGGAUUCUAUGUCUACGAUAACGGUAGCGGGCAAACAGUCGGGAGGAAUGGACAACGCGACGCCGCAGUUCCUGGUAACUGGCGGGCCGAGUAGUUCGGAUAGUCAAGAGUCGUCGGGUGUACAACCGUCUGCCGAAGGUAUCGACGUAUCCUGCAAAGUCGGAAAUAGCCUUUUGUAUGGAAACGCGAGAUUGCAAGAGGCUUGGGAACCAGAGGGGAAAGUAUCGCCGGACACACCGUGGCGAUACGUACCAACGUCUACGAAUUCUUUGAACAUCGAACCUUUGAAUUCGAGAUACUCGGACAACGCGGAUAACGUUCAGAGCGUUCUGCAGAUUAUCAACAAAGGUCAAGGUAUCGAGAUGACCACCGGGCAGAUUUAUCAGACGAACACGAAGAAAUAUUUUAUGAAUCACACCUUAGAGCCAUUCCAACAGUAUUCGAACAAGGGUAACGUGAUGAAAACGCCGUUGAAUCCUAGAUUAGAUCGAGAAUUGUUGCAGCAGAAAAUGGAGAGGAAAGCAGCGGCGAUAGAACGCGAGAUGAAACUACAGAAGAGUUUGUCCGAGGAGUGCGAAGAUUUGGGCGUGGACGAGCCAAGUACCAGUGACUUGUUCCCCGAGGCAGAUUUGCUCUUCGACACGAAUCAUUCGCCGUCCUUCGAUCACUCUUCUCAAGACGCGUCUUGCAGCCAGCCGUUAGGGAUGAAAUCGUACAGUGGUUCCUACUUUCGUUCUCUGGACUCGUCCAGUGGCAGCAGGGACGCAAGUCCAAUUGCCGAUUUGAAGAUAAACGAACGUAGAAAAAGCACCAGCCAGCGAAUCAGGUCCGCGAAAGAUUCGUCGAAGAGAUCGAAGAGGGACAAGGUGGAAGAACUGCAUUUGGAGAAUCCAGCGAAACACAUGCGGUUAACUUUGGACAGCUUGAGUCAGGACGAAGCGUCGAACAGCAAUUCGGACAUAUCGAGGCUGUCGCCGACGAAUUUAGGAUCGUUGGAGAACGAUUCGUUGAAAGAGACGACCAGUCGAGCGAAAAUCACGUCGAGAAACGGUUCGAAGGAAGGCUCGCCGAGUAGCGUAUCUAGCAUUCCGUCGAACAUGAAGUUGGACAUCGACUUGGACUCGGAAUCGCUACCUCCGAGCAUCAAUGUAAAUAACACAUCGGCAGCGAGCUCGGGGGACGAAAGUUUAACUUUACUGAGCGGUAACACCGCCGACGUGACGAUACCCUCGCCACUCUCGCCGAUCGCUGGCCCGAUGCUGUCGACGCACAAAUACACUUACACCAAUAAGAAGCGGAUUGCGUCGAAGGUGACGAGAAUGGAUUACCUUUCCUGGGAGAGUCCAAUGUCCGAGAGAACGAGAUCGAGCAGCGACGAGGAAGAUUCGAGUAUAAGCGAAUCGAUCAGCAGUCAACCGGAGGAAAACGCUCUGAGCAACGGUCUCGAGGAUAGCGUGCAAAGUCUCAAGUCCCUGACCAGCGAGCGACGUUGCAAUUAUUUAAAAAAGAAGGAUAAGUUACAGGUGAACGCUAGGGUGGUGUUGAAUCGAGCCGAUCACAAGAGUAGUAGCUUGUCGAAACGCAUCAAGGCGAACGAAUCGAUCCAAGACUCGGUUAUGGUCUCUAGCGACAAAGCCUCGGAGCCGUCGGACGACGAGACAGGGAAUAUCGCGUUGGUCGGACCGGACUGUCGAGCUAGACGAUCGAGUUUGCGUGGCCACGUUAAAAAGGGAUGCGCUUGUUGCAACGGCUCGCCGGAGAGACCGAAAAAGAAAUCGGUCAAGUCGGAUCACUCGAGAUUAAAGAAACGAUUGUCCUCGAAACAGGCCGGGAAGAAGAGGUAGUCCUAGCGUUCGAACGCUCGACGGAUCAUCGCGUGUUCUAUCGUAAUAGUAUAUGCUCAUUCCUGGGAUGAAGCGUGUGUGUGUCCAGUGAUGAAGGAGUUUCCAGAUGAAACCGCGUUACGCAUCGAACGAAAACCGAGAAUCGCAUGGAAUUCGCUCGGAUCAGACGAUCGUCGAUAGAAAAUACAAGCUUGUACAUAUAUUAGCGAAUGCGGGAGUUUAGAAGCGAACUUUCCACGUGAUACACCCGUAAAACUCUCGGUAUAUGCCUAUUCCUCGUGUUGUAGGCAACAGGAACGUUCACCGCGUGGCAAAUUCUCCAUUCGGCGUAAACCACGAAACAUCGAGGAAGGAGAACGAACAGUUUACUAACAGUUCUCGACGAGAAAAUAGAUCAUCCCCUUUUACCACUAGAUGUUACUACGAUACUAGAUGUAAGGUGCAAAUUAUAAUGAAUGGCAGACUUAGAUUAAAUCGUUAAGAAUAUUAGAGACGCAAUCUAGUCAAGAGAUAAGGUUUUUUGUGGCGAGGAGUAAACGCGUUCGAGAGAGGGAGGGUGCGAGAGAGAGAGAGAGAGAGAGAGAGAGAGAGCAAGGACGAAUGAAAAAAGGGGGAAGAGUGAAUGAGGAGGCGAAAUGUGAAAAGAAGUAAUAGAGAGUGGCGUGAAUAAGGGAAGAGAGAAAGAUAAAGAUAAAAAUUAGAAUGUAUCCGAUUGUCGAUAGAUCCCUCGCAGACUAAAGAAUUUAUAAUUAAAAGCCUGAAUUUAUAAUUCUGUCUACUUCUGUAUCCAUCAUGAUGAUACUAUUCCACGUUCUUACACGGUGUGGUCAGACUGAGAAGAAGAAGAAGAAGAUGAAGAUGAAGAAGAAAGAGAAGAUGAAGAAGAAGACGUUUGGUGAAUUCUCGUUUGGUAGUAAGCCACGCAUUGAACAUUUGCCUUUCCGCGUAACGCUUCUCGACAAACUUAGAACCUUAACUUUAUAACGGAGACGAUCCUUGUAAAUUGUGUAGUGUCAUACCUUGAUGAGAAGGAGUAGUAGGGGAAGACGGAUUAAACGGACGAAUAAGAAAGAAAGAGAAAAAGAAAAACCAAAUAAAGGCGACGAAAUUUUAGCAGAUAUCAGGAAGGAAAGAGAAAAGAAGGGGGUAAAAGGAAACUAGAAAAAUAUACAUAUAUAACUAAGAAACAACGCUGUGUAUUGUACGGGCCGACCAUACCCUGUCACGGUGCAUGUAAAAAAAAGUACCCAAAAAACUGUACAUUACGUAGAUAAUUCAUUAAAAGUAUAAUAUUAUAUCGCUGCACUUUAGUACAAAAUCGCUUCACCUUGUUUCAGAAUGACAAGUUUAUAUCAUCUUUCGGUGUGCUGUCGUGACGCGUGAAUG